GCUGCAAGGCAAGCAGGCAGGCAGGCAAAGCAGCUGCAGAGGGAUCAGGGAACGUUGGCAACAACGGGCAGAUCCAUGUUGGGAAAGUCAGUCCCGAAAGAAUCUGCCUGUUCUGUGAAUUGACACUUUUCAUGUCUAGCCUCUUUAUCGACCACACAUUGCUUGUUUUUUACGCAUGCGUGGGAUUAUAUUUCUCAUUCUCUCGACCUGAAAUGACUGCUAGGCGCCGUGUCUAGCCAAUGGUUACUGCGGGGGCUCCUGUCUUGUGGAUUAUCCGUCGUCGCCGAGCCAGUCGCAUGGUUGAGCCCGGAGGAGGCCCCUCUCUCCUGGAUGGAUGUGUGUGAAGCAGCGCCGAGUGCCGAGUACUGAUGUAGACGGUGAUAAUGAUGAUGCUCGGGUUUCAUCGGCAGUGGGCGAACUGAUCUUGGAUGUUCGGGCUAUAUCGCCCCUACACAAAACAUUUUCUCACACAGCAACAAAUAUAUUCCUUAAAAGCUGGACGCCCCUGGAGCAGUUUAUGACGACCCUGGUAGGAGCGUGAUGAGCGCGCGCUUCCGCUUGCCUGCUGGCAGAUCCUACAAUGUCCGGGCGACGGAGCUGGAGCGAGACAGGCAGCACACACAGGUUGUGUGCAACGUACUGCUGCUGGACAACACGGUCCAGGCGUUCAAAGUCAGCAAGUCAGAUCAUGGCCAGGUGCUACUGGACUCCGUCUUUAAGCACCUGGAGCUGACCGAGAGAGACUACUUUGGCCUGCACUUGGCUGACGACGGUUCUGAUGCACCACGCUGGCUGGAUCCCAAUAAGCCCAUCAGGAAACAGUUAAAAAGAGGGUCUCCACACAACUUGAGCUUCAGAGUCAAAUUCUUCGUGACAGACCCGGGUAAACUUCAGGAAGAAUAUACACGGUACCAAUAUUUUCUUCAGAUCAAACAGGAUGUAUUAACUGGAAGAUUGCUCUGUCCUCACAACACAGCCGCACUGCUGGCAUCCUACGCUGUUCAGUCUGAGUUGGGGGAUUACAGCGAAACAGAACACAGUUCCGGCUACUUAUCCAACUACUGCUUCAUCCCAAACCCCCCACAAGACUUCCACAAAGAGGUCGCCAAACAUCACCAGCAGCACAGCGGUCUAUCUCCUGCCCAGUCGGAGUUUAAUUAUUUGAACACAGCACGCACGCUGGAGCUCUACGGGGUAGAGCUGCACUAUGCAAGGGACCAGAGUAACACAGAGAUUCUCAUCGGGGUGAUGUCCGCCGGCAUUGUGGUUUACAAAAACAGGAUACGGAUCAACUACUUCCCAUGGUUGAAAAUAGUGAAAAUCUCCUUCAAGUGCAAACAGUUUUUCAUCCAGCUGAGAAGAGAUGGGACGGAGACUCGUGAGACAUUGCUGGGGUUCAACAUGGUCAACUACCGGGCCUGUAAGAACCUGUGGAAGGCCUGCGUGGAGCACCACACCUUCUUCAGGCUGGAGCGGCCCAUCCCCCCACAGAAGAACUUCUUCGCUCAUUACUUCACCCUGGGCUCAAAGUUCAGAUACUGUGGGCGGACAGAAGUGCAGUCUGUGCAGUACGGAAAGGAGAAAGGAAUCAAGGACAGAGUGUUUGCCAGGUCUCCCAGCAAACCACUGGCCAGGAAGUUAGUGGGCGGGACUGACUGGGAGUCAGUCAGCAGAAACAGCCUAUCAGAUGAGAGACUGGAGACCCAGAGUCUGCCCACUCGCUCGCCACCCGGCACACCCAACCAGAACUCGCUGUUUGUACAAGAAGGCACACGACUACGUCCGUCAUCAGUUGGCCACCUGGUUGAUCACGUGAUCCACGCUUCACCCAGCUUACCCGUUUUCUCCUCCAAUCACAAGUCGGCAUCGUCCACGCAGGCCAACAGCAUCAGCCUGGAUUCGACACCGUCUCCUGAUGGGGUGGAUGGCCAGCCUCCAGCUCUGCCCCCGAAGCAGCUGAGCAGGAAGACUCUGAGCCAGAUCAUCCAGGCCCAUUCCCAGCAAAGCCUCCUGGACAACCACAUCAAUGAGAUGUACGAUGUUCCCGUCAACACUGACAAAACCACGUUAAAUGGAGUCGUCCCCCAUGAUAAUCUGGUCCUGAUCAAGAUGAGACCUGAUGAACAUGGACGUUUUGGCUUCAACGUCAAGGGUGGAGCUGAUCAGAAGAUGCCUAUUAUUGUGUCCAGGGUGGCUCCAGGAACAUCAGCUGACCUAUGUGUACCUCGUCUCAACGAGGGUGACCAGGUGGUCUUAAUUAAUGGACGGGACAUCUCUGAUCACACUCAUGACCAGGUGGUCAUGUUCAUCAAGGCCAGCUGUGAGAGCCAUUCUGGAGAGCUCAUCCUAUUGGUCAGACCAAAUGCCAUUUAUGAUGUGGUGGAGGAGAAGACAGACUCUGAGCCUGAUUUUCAGUACAUCCCUGAGAAGUCCCUGCAGGACCCUGCCCAGCUCGACCAUCAUGCUCUGAGGGACUCCAUGGUCACACUGAAGGAAGGCCUGAGCAGCGGAGCCAUACUGGCACAGUUUGAUCAACUGUACAGGAAGAGGCCGGGGAUGACCAUGCUGUGUGCAAAAUUACCUCAGAACGUUUCCAAAAAUCGCUACAGAGACAUCUCUCCUUAUGAUGCCACACGGGUCAUCCUGAAAAGCACAGAUGACUACAUCAAUGCAAACUACAUUAAUAUGGAGAUUCCAGCCUCCAGCCUGAUAAACCGCUACAUAGCGUGCCAGGGCCCACUGCCCAACACCUGCCCUGACUUCUGGCAAAUGACCUGGGAGCAGGGCUCAUCCAUGGUGGUCAUGCUGACUACGCAGGUCGAGAGGGGGCGGGUGAAGUGUCACCAGUAUUGGCCCAACCCGGACAGCAGCGCCACCUACGGGGACUUUACGGUCACAUGCCACAACGAAGAGGGCAACUCUGCUUUCCUUGUCCGCGAGAUGACUCUCGUGCAUACGCAGAGUGAGCAGCAAAGAGAGCUGACUCAGAUUCAGUACCUGGCUUGGCCUGACCAUGGCGUUCCCGACGAUUCCACUGAUUUUCUGGACUUCGUGGCUCUGGUACGGAGCAAACGGGCCGGACAGGACCAGCCGAUGGUGGUGCACUGCAGUGCGGGCAUUGGUCGGACAGGAGUUCUGAUCACCAUGGAGACAGCGUUGUGUCUAAUGGAGUGCAGUCAGCCAGUGUAUCCACUUGAUAUUGUCAGAACCAUGAGAGAUCAGAGGGCAAUGAUGAUACAAACACCUAGCCAGUACCGCUUUGUGUGCGAGGCCAUCUUGAAAGUCUACGAGGAAGGCCUGGUCAAACCACUCAAAACGGCCGUCUACCAGCAGAGAGAAAAGCCAAGAGAUGAGAAGGACGAUGAGGAGGAGAAGAGGGAGCAGCAGAAAGCUGGAGAAGACAAAGAAGAGGCGCUGGCGGCAGCAGAGGGAGGGGAGGCGACCGUGGUGGAGCUGCUGGAGGGAGGACUGGACGAGGAGGAUGACGAUGAUGAGGAAGUGGAGGUGCUGGAUGUGGGAGAAGUAACAGAAGAAGAAGAGGAAGAAGCGGAGGAGCCGAGCGUCGCGAGCGCCACCAGCAUGACGAGCGAGACCAGCGCAAACCCGGAUCCCGACCCCGAUCCUGCUAACCCGUGAUGCCUGACCUGCGGACGUUGUCAGGGGUUACCAGGUGGAGGCUGGAUUUGGAGGGGGCUGCAGGAGAGAACAAAAGCACUGUUGCACUUUAUGCUGAAAAAAAUGGAAAAAGGACAAAAAUACCAGAAAACCAUGAACAAAAAAAUUUAAAAAGAUGAAACAAAGAAAUCCAGCCGUGUGGAAAAGGUACCGUUAGGGGGUCAGAAAUGAUCAGGGUAAAGAAAAGAAGUCUACAACAAAUAAAAAGUUAAAGGUGCGAGAGAAUAAAAUGUGGAUGGGGAAUCGCUGUAGUGCCAUAAGUACAAAGAGGAGGGGCUUCCUCUGUGGAUGAAAGCUCCCCCACCCCUCUUUUUCUUUUGGGUUUUGUUUGCUUUUUUACCCAAAAGGGUAACUUUUUCCCCUUCAGAGCGAGUCUGCCAGACGGACCUGCCUUUUUUUAGUGUCCUUUUAGCUGAUAAAGAGAUGAAACUUAUCUUUUGUUCCUCAGAAAGAGUAUUUAUUGUGUUUUAGUUUGUGUCGAACCCUGUCCACUGAACAAAAAAACAAAAAAAAGCUGUAUGUUUUCUUUGUAUGAGUCUAGAGCUUCAUGCUUUCCUGAUUAAAUCUUAGGUAGUAAAAUAGUGUGACUCCUCCCCCUCUAACUACUUUAUUUCUUUUUUUUUUUUGCUUUUUGUAGGGGGAGGGGGAAAAAAGAAUAGUUAUUUAAUUUAUUGUACUUGGUUUGAUCUUUCUCAGCUUUCUUGUCUGCGUUUUCUGACAGCACAGACUGACAGGUGGACUGCUGAAAGCACUUUGUUUUUCACCUCUUGUUCAACGCUGUGGCAAGUUGGAUACUUUCUCCCGCUUUGUGCUGUGUUUUUGAGCUUACACACUCACACACGUGGCCAUCGUUUGGUUGUCAUCGGUUUACAAUCUUCAGGGCGAAUGUUUACUGGGAAUCUCGCUUUGACUUUUGCAAACAGUCCCAGCAUUGAUCAGUUAUUUGUCACGAGUACCUUUAAAAAUACAAAAAAAAAAUAAGAGAGAGGGAGCAUCCCCGGGUAAACAUGCAGCCUAACCUAAAAUCUUAACAAGGCUGAGAUCAGUUAAAUUUCUUUUGUCAGUUCAGUGUUAGUGCAGCAAGCUUCCUGCUGAAGUGUCCAUGAGCCAGACACAAACAGUGAAGCUCAGUCUCAUGUGAAAAAUCAUCCUCCCUCUGUUUAAGAUGGCUUUAAGUUGGUCCGCUUUACCCAACCCAAAUAAUCCACUCUUCUAGACUGUCAGAUUUUGCCGUCAUCGAUCAGUUCAGAAGUGGUUGAAAGCUGCUAGAAGAUUUAUGCAAUCAGUAUUUGUUUUUCCUCCCACGCAUUUACAGAAGAAUUACGGCAAACUGAUCUUGACUACAGAGCGAAUGAACUCUGACAGCUUCCUCCAACAGCAGGUCAACACAUUUUAAACUUGAAGAAACCGACGUGACCUGCUUAGACUAGCGAUUUGUUCUCCCUGUGAUAUUCCUGAAUGACAUGCUGCCUGAAGCAAGUGUCGGCGGGCGUAUCCGAGUGUCUGCCAGAGAAUAACCCAACAGUUCAAAGAGGCAGCACAAAACAUCCGAUCUAAAUUUCUCUUCAUUUUUAGGAACAGGUUGUUUUUAGGUCAAGAUUUGUAAAAUUAAUGACAGAUAACAUAGUUCUGGGUUUUUAUCUCAAAAGCUUUUUUUUUUUUUAAGUUACUCUAAGUUCAGGUUAACUUAGCCAUUAUGUUUUUUUGGAGUGAGGCCUCUCUGUCAUUUGGAAUGAUGUUUUUCCUUAUCAGCUGCUUCAGUACCUACUGUCAUUGGCUUCUACUAUGGGUUCUGCUGGAAAAAAAAACCUACUGCUGUGUGUAUGUGUGUAUAAUAUGGAAAGAGUGUGUGUUUGUUACCUAAUUUGUCUUAAUGUGUCCGUACCUCUUCUCCUCGUCUACCAUUUCUGACAUGAACUCUGACAUGAUCUGUCUGGUCUGAAGCCUGCUCAUCAUGCCAUAAAACCACAAACCUAAUCUCACCUGAUCUCAUUUAUGAUUAUUAUUAUUAUUUUAACAAGCAGAUUUCCAAAGUCAGGCUGGAUCAUUCACGCUGUGCCCAUACCUCCGUUUUUAGGCUUUUAAAUUAUAAAUUAGACACACGCAGAGGUGAUAUCAACAAGAUUCCUCUUCCAGUUUUUGAUUUUUUCACUUAAUCUCUCCUGUAUUGCAUCACCCUACAAAAAUCAGCUAAACAACCUUCAGUCAUCUCUGCUUAUAGCCCACACAACAUCCACAUUCCAUUAUUCUCACUGUCUCUUCCCAGAUGCCUUUUUUUUGGAUCAUUAUACACGGAUCUCUCUCUCUCUCUCUGCAUGGCCUCCAGGCAAAUGACACAUCUGAGCAGAAUAUCAUGAGUACAGAAGCACAGCUUGUUUUCUACAUGACAAACAAGAGACGAGCCACUCAAUGCCUAAUUAAGAAGUUUUAACUUUCUUUUUCCCCCCUUUAGCUGAUGAGUACAAGUUGCAGAUACUGUAUGAGCUUGUAAUCCUUAAAAAUAAAUUGGAUCAGCUUCUCUUAACUUCUGGGAUAAAUUGAAGGCAAAUAUCUCAAGCUUAAAAAAACAUGAUCAUUCGUUACAAGAAAACAAAACAUAAAACCUUGAAGUGACAAGGUUAAUAAUGGGUUUGUUCAGAGCUGCUACAGUCUCCAAAUUCAGAAAUGAGCUGUUUAUUUUCUGCUAUUGACACCGAAUCGGUACUGUCUGUGUGUUUAGGGUACUGAUCAAAAGUAGAUUGGAGGGGGACCAGAUGUGGGGAAGGCUAAGGUUAGUUGUAUUUUUGUAAAGAUAAUAUCAGUUCUAAUUGGGUAGGGGGAGGACUGCUACGGGAGGGGAGGGGGGAACAAAAAAAAAGAAGCAAACUUAGAGAUAUAAAGCAUUGUUGAAAUGUUCUGUUUUUAAUUUAUCGUUUUUAUUUUGUUUGAAAUAAGACACCUGUAAGGAACAAGGAAAAGAACUCCUAACUACACAGUGCCACUUGUUAAUUUUGUGUAAAUAAUACUAGACCAUGUAAAUACAAUGUUGUAUAUGAAAAAAAUCUUUAAAAUAAAAGGGAAAAUCAUUUGUGAGCAGAAA